AAACAGCUUGAUCUGAAAUUUCAAUCAUCAACAAUAACUCUAUUAUAUUCUAAAUUUGCAUACAAGGUGACCUAUUUGUUUUUCAAUUAUUACCGUUGGGGUUAGAGUUCAGUAAAUAUUGAUGAUGUCAUCGUCUGAAGAUGGCUGAAGGAGAAAAUUGGUGGGGAGGGUGGUUUCAGCAAAGCAUUCAGGCCGUCAAAGAUAAGUCGUCUGAGGCCUAUGAAUUCAUAAAACGAGAUCUGACAGAGUUCUCCAAUGUUGUACAACAUGACACUGCCUGCUCAAUUGUGGCCACAGCCAGCGCUGUCAGAAACAAACUUGCGGUUGAGGGCUCCUCAGAGACGACAGAAAAGGUGAAGAAAGGACUUUCCAGUUUCCUAGGGGUGAUAACAGACACUCUAGCCCCUCCCCCGGACAUGACAAUCGACUGUGAUGUCAUCACACUCGUGGCGACCCCGGCAGGAACCACCGAGAUCUACGACAGCAACAAGGCUCGACUCUACAGCCUCCAGGCCGACCCGGCGACCUACUGCAACGAGCCUGAUGGUCCCCUCGAGCAAUUUGACAACUGGCUGUCCAGUUUCAGUAUGGAGGAGAAAAAGGGAGAAGUAUCAGAGCUUCUGGUCAACAGUCCCUCUAUACGAGCCCUAUACAAUAAAAUGGUGCCAGCAGCAGUGGCUCAUUCAGAAUUCUGGCAGAGAUAUUUCUACAAGGUCUUUCAGUUGGAACAGGAGGAGGCGAGGAGGCUGGCCUUAAAGCAGAGAGCCGAGCAGACCACCCACUCGGAGACCCUGGGAUGGGAGGAGGAGGAGGAAGACGACUUCCUGGGCGCAACGUCGUCCAGACUGGAUUUCACGCCCCCGCUUGACCCCCACCAUCACAACACCAGCGAUGGCGCCGCCGCCGCCGCACAGCCCUCCCCGUCCAGCGCGACCAGCCCCGUCAUGUCCCCCUGCGGCGAGCGGGACGCCGCCAUGUCGGUCAGCAGCGACAGCGUCAGCCUCCCCACGCAGCUGGAGGUCCUGAAGCCCGAGCCCACCGCCGCCACCGCUGCAGAGCUGGUGCCCCAAAUGUCCAAGGUGCACCUGGAGAAACCCCCAUCAGACCAGAAGCAGGAGGACCAGAGCCCCGCCCUGAACCUUCCUCCACCCGCCCCGGCCCGGCCAGAGGCCAAAGCCCAGCUAGAGAAGACCGGGGACCGGGCCCCGACCCGGGCCUCUGGCGCUGCCCCGAGACCCGAAACCACGAAGGAAGAAGGACCCCAGGACCUGAGGGUGUUUGAGCUGAACUCCGACAGCGGGAAGUCCACGCCAUCCAACAACGGCAAGAAAGGUUCCAGCACGGACGUGAGUGAGGACUGGGAGAAGGACUUUGACCUGGACAUGACAGAGGAGGAGGUCCAACUGGCCCUGUCUAAAGUAGAGGCCUCCGGAGAGCUGGACGAAGACUGGGAGAACUGGGACUGAUGGGAGAGCUUGCCGUAUGCAGUAUGUCCACAAUUAAAAACAAAAAAAAAGCUAGUUCCCGGCAGACGAACCAUGCUUAACGUGUUUUCACUCCUUGUCUAUUUUGCCACCAUGUCAUGAAUGCUCGUGAAUUGGGGGUUGGGGGAGGGGGGGUUGACCAGCGGGCUUCGCUCAAACGAACCGGUUGGUUUGGGGGGUUGGGGAGCAGAGUUUGACGUGCGAAGACAGACCAAAGGCAAUCCGAUUUAGACAGAGCGACCCACUACCAGCUAGACCAAUAGCAGUUCAGUUCUAAUACCAAUACGGGCAAAGGCUGGGCUUCUGAUCAAGCCCACCGCAGCGACUAGUCGAGACGUGUUUAAUGUUGCCCCUGGCGACGAUGAGAAGAGGCUGUAUAUCUUUUAUUUCCUUUUCCUUUCCUUUCUCUCUCUCGUGCCAAUAAAUACAAUAAGAUGCGCUGUGGCCUGCAUUGGUGCACAGGACAGAGAGUGAGGCGGCAGAAUAGCCGUAGGCCGUAUCCUCGCUUUAUCGCCCUUUUCAAGAAGAAAUUAUUCAAAGGGGUUGCUCUUGAAAAGAAACGGUUGUCUUUACUUUUUCUGGAUUUUCUAUCACCCCUGGUGGUUUGAGAAUCCCUUCACGUUAUGCAACUGAAUAUUUAAAAAGGGUGGAAUACGGUCACCAUGUAUUGAGCUUCUACCGAUGGAGAUCUUCUCCUAGUGAAAUGGCCUUGUAGCGUCACAGGGCUACCUAGUGUGUUCAAUGCUCUGAUUCAAAAACACACCAUGUUUCUUCAUCUUUAUGGAAUUUGGUCAUGCUUUAAUGCCAAUCCGUGGACAUGAAUCCAUAUGUAAAGGCAUCAGAGGAAAACCUUGAAUUAUAUAUUCUGUAAAUGUCUUAGCACAACAUUUAACAUCUAUUAGUUUACUAUUGUUUGAUGCAGGAAGAGGGAUCCUAUGUCAAUGUUGGCUCAAUAAAGAGAACACACACUAUCCCCGGUGUCUGGGUACCAGCCAGUCCUGGACCUAGAGCUGAGCACCCUGGCCGUCGGGUUAUAAAGACACAAGCCUGGAUGUUAAGCGUCUCCGCUUGUUUGGAACGAGUGUCUGACAAGCAGAGCUCCGGGGUUGUUAGUGAAAGCUUGCUUAAUGCUCUUGUAACAAAGUUUCAUAUUUCCAUCAUGUGUAUUGUCAUCAAUCUACUAUGGGGUGUAGUAUUUAUAUAUAUAUAUAUAUAUGUAUAUGCUUGAUCAUAUGAUAUGUAUGAUUUGCUUUGUAUUGCAUAUCUGUGCGAUAACAUGCAAUAGCUGACUGAGGGUAACUGUUGUAUGUCUUUUGGUGUAGAAAGGUCUUCAGCUGGUCUUUGGGUUUUGUGUUUAGAGCCAAUGUUGCAUGUCUUGGAUUAUUUCUAUGUAUUCACAAUUUGCACCUUCAACUAAUCAGAGCUGUGCUUUUCUUUUUUUUUUUUACUCUCGUUUUCCCCAUAAAUGAGCUGUAAUUAAAGAAUCAAUGGCUAAUUGCAGCGUCUUGCAUUUCAAGUAUAUAUUUUUUCCCUUCUAAGCCAAUUUCUCGUUUAAAAACAAUGCCCUGGCUGGAAUUCCGGAUCACUAAUCGAACCGUAACUCAAAAUCAGAAGUAUUUGAAAACGUGUUCAUCAAUCAAUAACUUAUUUUCGACAGUUAGGACUUCUGAUUUUAACUAGCACACUGACCCCAUGUGCUCAUUAAUUGGGUAUCUAAGAGGGUUAAACUCAUUGGCAUUAAGUGUUAGGCAUUGGCUAUUCCUCUGCAUGUAACUCUGGGUGGUUAAACGCAACGUAGCAGGCAAUUAGAAAGAAACUAAAGGUCAAAAUCAACCUUCUGCUCUUGAAUGACCUUUGAAUUUUUCACAGUUAUGAUUAGCAUAAUUUUCAGAAAUUCUAAAAUAUACAUAUUUGUGCACAUUCUGAAUUUUUGGACGAUGCAGCGCAUUUCUCUUUUGAGGAACCUCCCUAGCAACUGGUGUGGUGAAAUUAAUUACAAUGCAUCAAAAAAGCGUCCGCUAGGUGACACUAUUGUACCAUGUUUCCUGCGACCAUACAUGCCACUCCUUCAUUGAAGGUAGCCUCCAUCUCAUGGUUGGCCGGCGUUCUCCAUCAUACCAUACCAUUUCAUUUAAGGCUGCCAUAUGUCCAUCAUACAUUUAUUCAUUCUUCUGUGGUCGGCGUGCAAAUUCCUCCCCAGUAUAUAAAUUGUGGUUGCACAUCCGCGGUGGUUUUGCUGAAACUAAGAUGAAUGCCCCUGUUCACCCCCUCUUCCUGCUCCAUUUCCCCCUUGCCAACACGCACAGAGGCAUGUUUUGGUGUUGGGCGCGGUCAUGGGGAAAGGAAGAGGAGGCAAAGGGUCUUCUAUCAUUCAUGAGUGUGACUCUCAACCUACUUCACACAAAUGUCAAGACGAGCUCACCAUGAAUGAACGGUGCAGGAGAAAGCAGCCUCUUCUUCUCUUUGAUUGGUUCCUUUGAUCUCCCAGCGAGACUAUGGAAAGGCUAGAAAGGCUACUAUAAUCUCAAAGGAUUAGGCAUUCGCUGUGGAAUCAAGUCUACCGUUUUCCAAGACACGCAAAGAACCCAUCUAAGGACAUGAUUCAUUUAGCUUCAUUUUUUUGUUUAUUUAUUUUACUCGUUUUCUUUUCUCAUGUUUCUGGCAGUUUGGCCAAUUAGCGGUUUACACCAACGUUGCCAUUGGAUGAUGGUGCGUACAGCGCCUGCGAAGCACUCUGGCAAUUUUAGCCACUUUCCCACUGCGUGGUUAUGGCUUGUACAUAUGCUGACCUGACUGCUGCUCUAUGGUAACUGACGCUCCCUAUACGUUACAUUCUUUCUAACGG